AUGGCCGACAGCAACACAUCCCCCCUCAAAAUAGCUCUGGUGGCCGAGCAGAGGUCGACGUACCUCAAGCUUGGCUACACCAACGAAGAGUGUGCCGCGCUGACGCACGACGGUGAAGUCAAGGCUGUUGCGGCCGCGCUCCAAGACCUGGGCCACGACGUCACCCUCGUCCCGGGGGUCUCGUCGCUCGUCGAGCACCUCGCGGCCGGGCGUCACAAGAACUGGGACCUGGCCUUCAACAUGGCCCAAGGCUUCCACGGGCCCGCGAGGGAGGCGCACGUCCCGGCACUCCUGGAGGCCUUUCUGAUCCCGUACACGUUUUCCGACGCCGCAACCAUGGCGCUGUGUCAGAACAAGGCAAACACAAAGAUCAUCCUGGAGCAUCACGGCGUCCCCAACGCCCCCUUCAUGGUCAUCCCCAGCGAGCACCUGAGCCUCUUGAACCAUGCCACGCUGCCCCCCAAGUAUCCCCUCUUCGUCAAGCCCGCCACCGAGGGCUCGUCCAAGGGCAUCGACAGGUUCAACAAGGUCAACAACUACGCGGAGCUGGAGCUGGCCGUCCAGAAGCUCAAGGCCAAGUUCCCCGGCCAGGACAUCCUGGUCGAGUCGUUCCUGUCCGGGAGGGAAUUCACGGUGAGCAUCCUCGGCACCGGGCCCUGCAGCCGCGUCAUCGGCAUCAGGGAGCACAUCUGGCAGACGGUGCCCGAGAACGGCAACGGCUACCAGGCCACGCAGGAGUUUGCCUGCUGGAAGAGCAAGCUCAGCGAGGGGUGUCUGCUGCGCUACAACGACGCCCACGACAUGGACGACGCCCACGUCAAGGCCGCGUGCCAAGUCGCCCUGGACACUUGGACGGCGCUGGGCUGCCGCGACGCCGGCCGCGUCGACAUUCGCUUCAGCUCCGACGAUGCCAACGGCGUCCCGAACGUACUGGAGGUGAACCCCAUUGCCGGCCUGCUUCCGGGCCACUCGCCGCUUCCAGCGAGCGCCGAGGAGAACGGGCUCUCGUUCGAGGCGCUGUUGACCGCCAUCCUCGAGAGCGCUCUCAGCCGCAGUGUUCCAGACAGUUCCGCUUGGGGUCCUUGA